UCACAAAUGCUUACACAACGUCUGCCAGCAACAAAAACCUUUGGGUGCCUCAGGUCGCAGCGGUGCUCAGUGCUCGGAGAAACCUCCAGAGCCCACAGAGGAGCCAGCAUGGUGAAGUUCGCGCCCUUGUUCGUGCCGUGGGAGCGCAGGCUGCAGACCCUGGCGGUCCUGCAGUGGAUCUUCAGCUUCUUGAUCUUGAGUCAGAUCUGCAUCGUCGUCUUCAUAGGCCUCCUGUUCACAAGAUUCUGGUUGGUCAGUGUCCUGUACGCAGCCUGGUGGUACCUGGAUGGAGACAAGCCAUGGACGGGUGGCCGGCGCUUCUCACCCAUAAGAAAGUGGGUGGUGUGGAGUUACAUGAAGGACUACUUCCCUGCCUCACUGGUCAAGACUGCCGAGCUGGACCCCUCCCGGAACUACCUCGCCGGCAUGCACCCCCACGGGGUCCUGGGCGCCGGACUCUUCCUCAGCCUGUGCACUGAGAGCACGGGCUUCUCUAAGAUCUUCCCUGGCAUCCAACCCCACCUAAUGAUGCUGAGCCUGUGGUUCCGGUACCCCUUCUUCAGGGAUUACAUCAUGGCAGGGGGGCUGGUCACAUCAGACAAGGAGAGUGCUGCUCACAUUCUGAGCAGGAAGGGCGGCGGCAAUCUGCUGGGCAUCGUUGUCGGGGGUGCCCAGGAGGCACUGAACGCCAGGCCCGGGUCCUAUAAAUUGUUGCUGCGGAACCGCAAGGGCUUCGUCAGGAUUGCCCUGAUGCACGGGGCAGCGCUGGUGCCAGUCUUCUCCUUUGGAGAGAAUGACUUAUUUGACCAAGUUGAGAACUCUCCUGGCUCCUGGCUGCGCUGGACCCAGAACCGGCUGCAGAAGAUCAUGGGUAUUUCCCUCCCGCUCUUCCAUGGCCGCGGCAUCUUCCAGUACAGCUUUGGUUUCCUGCCCUACCGCCGGCCCAUCACCACUGUGGUGGGGAAGCCCAUCGAGGUGCAGCAGGUAAAGCAGCCCUCUCAGGAGCAGGUGGAUGAGCUGCACCAGCACUACAUCGAUGAGCUUUGCAACCUCUUUGAAGCCCACAAGCUCAAGUACAACGUCCCCGAGGACCAACACUUGGAGUUCUGCUGAGUGCCUCCCCAGAGGAGGGGCUGCCCCGAAGGGCAGGGCUGGCAUUAGGGAGCCCCGUGGGAGGUGCGUGAACUGAGAAGGCUUCCUGGAAGCGUUUGGUGAACACUUCUCCAGAGUCUUCCAAGACUCCUGCAAAUCCAACCCCAAGCUGGCAACGUGGGAGGGACGGCUGGACUCUGGCACUGGUGGCUUGCGCUCCUGCUGAGAAACCUCUACAAGCCCCCCUCUCCUCGGUCUGCUCAUCUGUGGAAUGGGAGAGGUGGCGGGAAGAGAACGAGGUUUUCUGUCCUCUGUGGUGACGUCACUCAGUGGGCAGAGAAAAGAGAGAGCACCUGAUUAUCAGGUUUUCUUCCUCCACCUUGAGUGACAGCACCAAAGAAGCCACCAGCUCCAGUCCCUUCUAAUAGCUCCCUCAUCCUGAACACUAGAUGUCCCAGCUCCUUCCUCCCGGGCUGGGUAAGGAGAACUGCACUCUGUCACUGACUGUAUGUCUGUGUGUUUGUCACUCUCCCUCUGAGCCUCAGUCUCCCUGACUGGCUAAGAUGACGUCUGAGUCUCAGCUGUGACAUCACACAGGCCAAGAGCUCCACGAGGCACUUCUUACUCAUCCUUUGUAACUUCAGCCCCUUACCUUACAGCAAAAGGGGGCUCCAUAAACUGUAUUCCAAUAAAUGAAAGGAUUCUA